AUGAAGAAGGGCACGAAGAUAUGUUGGGACGGUCAGUGUGAGGCUGCCUUUGAGGAGGUUAAAAAAAUCCUUACAGAGCCCCCAGUGAUGGGACGUCCGGAACCUAACCAAGAGUUACAACUCUUCUUAGCUUUUUCAGAAGAGGCGAUAAGUGGAGCGUUGGUCCAGGAGAAACCAGACAUGAAGUUAAUAUAUUUUGUCAGUCGAGGCCUUAAGGAGGCAGAAGUCCGCUAUCAAUGGGUUGAAAAAGCGGCAUUAUCUCUAUUCUAUGUCGCUCGGCGUCUUAGACUGCAGGGUGGAGGUACGGGGGUUGUACUGGAAGGACCGGGUGGGUUAAUGAUCGAACAAUCCUUGAUAUUCAAGUUUAAGGUUAGAAUUAAUCAAGCUGAGUAUGAGGCAUUGUUGGCUGGUUUGAAGUUGGCACGAGACAUGGGAGCAGAACGGGUGGAAUGUCGGACCGAUUCUCAGUUGGUCGAGGGGCAUAUGAAGGGAACAUUCCAAAAUAAGGACGAUCAGUUGCUACAAUAUGUUCACAAAGUUAAGCAGUUGGAGGCAUGUUUUAAAUCCGUUGAAAUCAGGUAUAUACCUCGAAAGGAGAACUCCCGGGAGGACAUGUUGUCCAAACUGGCCACUGGAAAGGAAAAAGGCCACUUGUCGUCAAUAAUAAGGAGAGUGUUGGAAAAGCCGAUAGUGGAGUGUUUCGCGGUAACAAGUUCGGGAGCGAAGACAGGCUGGAAGGGGGAAAUAAUCCGGUUAAUCAAAGAGCAGGACGAUGGAGGGAGUCUUCAUGUCGAGGAUGCGAAGAAAAUUGCUAGAUAUUGUUUAGUAGGUGACGACCUUUACAUAAGGGGUUAUACUACACCUUUGUUGAAGUGCUUAGAGGGUGAAGAGGGGGAGUAUGUAAUGAGGGAGUUGCAUGAGGGCAUAUGUGGCAGGCAUACGGGUGAUCGAGCACUUACGGCCAGGAUCUCCGAGCGGGAUAUUUUUGGCCAACGUUGGAGCAGGUUUGUAUGGCUUUUUCCCAAAAAUGUUUGGCUUGCCAAAAGUAUGGGAAUGUUUUCCAUGCUCCGACUUCUGAAUUACAUAGCAUUGUUUCCCCUUGACCGUUUGUUCAAUGGGGAAUGGAUAUCGUUGGACCUUUCCCGGUCAGUAUGCCGGUUUAGAGUGCCAAAGAUUAUUGUGACGGACAACGGUCGACAAUUCAUAGACAAGAAACUGAUGAACUUUUACAAGGAGUUAGGCAUCUCAGCAGUCACCAGCUUGGUUGAACACCCAAAAACGAAUGGUCAAGUUGAAGCGGUCAAUAAAAGUAUCGUUCAAGAAUUGAAGAAGCGUCUUGAUACUGCAAAAGGAGGAUGGGUAGAUGAGUUGGAUCAAGUUUUGUGGGGAUAUCGUUGUUCUCCACAUGGGGCUACAGGAGAAUCACCAUUCAAUUUAACUUAUGGAACUGAUGCAAUGCUGCAAGUCGAGAUAGGCGAACCAAUCGUUCGGCGAAGGAUGAAUGACUUGGCUAUCAAUGAAGAAUGCCUCAGAGGCGAGUUAGAUGUGCUGGAGGAACGACGAAGAGUAGCAGCAAUCAAGAACGAAGCUUAG